UUUGGGGUUUUUCUGCACAAAUAGGGUAGCUGGAGUUUGCUUCAAGGCAUCAAUUGACUUCUGUGAUCAUGGAGAUGCUGGUGUGAGGCCUUCAGGAGACGAUGGAGAAAAAAUGGACCUAUUGUGCUGUCUGUUCCAUCAUCCAGAUACAUUUUGUCAGGGGAGUGUGGGGAAAAGCAUUCAAUGAAGAAGACAUCUAUGCUUUCCCUGGCUCUGACGUCAACUUGACCUGCCAGACAUGGAAGAAAAACUUGUUGGUGCAGAUGCAAUGGUCCAAGGUCACUGACAAGUUGGACCUGAUUGCCCUUUAUCAUCCCCAGUAUGGCUUGUACUGUGCCAGUAACAGUCCCUGUGAGUCACUGGUGACUUUCACAGAAACUCCCAGAAAUGUGUCAAAAUGGACCCUGCACUUACGGAAUGUGUCCUCUUCAUUCACCGGGAAGUAUGAGUGUAGCUUUACUCUGUUUCCGGAGGGUGUUCAGACUAAAAUCUACAACCUUCUCAUUCCGACAAAUGUUACGCAGGAUGAAUGGAGAAGCGACCAUAUAAUAGAAGUACAGAUAAAUCAGACUCUGGAAAUACCAUGCUUUCAAAAUAUCUCCUCAGAAAUUUCGUCUGAGUUCACCUUUGCAUGGUUGGUGAGAGGAGAGAGUAUGAUGGCCUGGAGAGGAGCGCAUCCAGCAGAAACCCCUUCUCACAAAGAUUUGUUUUAUAAACAACAUGUACAGAGGGAGAAGCCCCUUUUCCUAGAAUCCUUGCUGCUGCAUCCUGGGGAAUACACAGCAUCUUCAGAUCGGGAAACAGAACCGCUCAAUGCUCGUAAGAUACAGGCAGAAGGGGCACCUGGGUGGCUCAGUCAGGAAGAUAACGGAACUCAGGAAGCAGGUAUCACCCAAGGUCACUCCAUCAGCAAUUCCACACCAUUUAAAGACAGAGCCCAGCUAGAUACAGGCUAUAAACUCAACCUCUCUCCAGUCCAAAUCCACGAUGAUGGCCGGAAGUUCACCUGCCACGUUAUGGUCAGACCUGGCAAAAUCUUGAAGAGCUCCACCACAGUCAAGGUUUUUGCCAAGCCAGAAAUCCCCAUGAUUAUGGAAAAUAACUCUACGGAUGUCUUGGGAGAGAGAACAUUUACCUGCUCCCUGAGGAAUGUAUUUCCCACGGCAAAUCUCACAUGGUUUAUAGAAGGCGGCUUUCCUCAAGGUGAAGAGGAAGAAGUAUACAUUACUAAUGAAGAGAGAAAAGACAAAAGUGGAUUUUGGGAGCUGAAGUCUGUUUUGAAAAGGGGGUAUGGUAAUAAACCAGCCCAGUCCAACAACCUGACCGUCUGGUGUAUGGCUGUGUCUCCAGUCCCCGGAAAUAAAGUGUGGAAUAUCUCAUCUGAAAAGAUCACUUUUUCCUUGGGCUCCAUGAAACCUCCAGCAGACCCUCUGCCUAAUGUUGUCACAUCCACCCUUGCCACCCGAACUUCUCCGGCCAACAGCGUAUCUCCUACAAGAUAUCCAGCUACAUCAUCAACAGCCCUUGGAGAUGUGGGUAUAUCGACUCCAAAUACCACUCCUCAAACCAGCAGUUCCAGUGCGACUACCCAAGGCCUCAACUACUCCUGGACCUCAGGCAGGAAAGAUACCAAUAACUCAGCUCCAUGGAUGCCCAGUGAAACAGACAGUUCAUCCCCUGCAGGUGCAGGCUCAACAAUUCAAGGUGAUAUCUUCAACAGCACAACCAGAAGACUUUCAGAAGUUCCCACAACUGCCAAGUCGACUAAAAACAGUCACAUCCAUAUCACUGGUAUUGUGGUUAAUAAGACUGAAGAUGGAAUGUCCUGGCCAGUGAUCGUAGCAGCUUUGCUCUCUUUCUGCGUGGCAUUGUUCGGUCUUGGAGUGAGAAAAUGGUGUCAAUACCAGAAAGAAAUCAUGGAAAGACCCCCGCCUUUCAAGCCACCUCCACCUCCCAUCAAGUACACUUGUAUCCAAGAGGCUGUUGGAAGGGAUCUGCCUUGUCAGGAGAUGGAGACACUCUAGUCCCUUGAGACUUGGCCAUAGAGAACUCUGCUCGAAUCCUGUGAGAAGGUGGACCUUGUGCCUUAUUAACAUAAUCGCCCUCUAGCCAAGCCUGUACUGCAGCUGAAAUGGAUGUCAGAAGUGAAUGGCCUGCUUUCCCUGCAACCCACCCCCUUUCAUCUGCACAGGCCUGAAAUUGAGCAAGAGUGAGAGGAUAUGUCAUGUUCAUGCCCAGUGCAAUCUGCGGAGAUUUGCUGGUUUCUGUAAGAAAUGCAGAUGAGACUGCUGUUAUUGAAAAGUACUUGCAGUGUUUUUAUUUUUCAUUUUCGCUCUCUGACUGAGGUGACGACGAUGGUGUCAAGCAUAUGUCCAUGCCAGACCCUUUUCUAUUUGGAUAUCUGCCACCAUUCUAAACUAUUUACCAGAAGUAUGAUAAUCCCUGAGGUACAUUGCAUUCCCUAGGAAAAUUACAAAAAAGAAGAAAAUGUGAAAGUUCUAGCAAGAUUUCCAAAUAAGUACGAGUUGUCUUUGUCUGGAAAUAUUGUGCUUAUGGAGGAAAACAGAAUACCUGGCCCAAGAACACCAGUCCCAACCCCCCUUCCUUCCACCAUGUUCCCCUCAGCCUUCUGGCCCAUGGGAUGAGGAAGGAUCCAAGGGAAAAUCAGCUAAUGACCAAGUAGCCUGGUAGACACAGGUAACACUUCACUGGACUCUAAAAUGAUCUGAGCUUAAGAGUGGUCUCAUCCUUAGCUUUAUCUGUAUGUGCAUGUGAGUGUGUGUGUGUGUGUGUGUGCAUGUGUGUGUGCAUAUAUCGAACUAUUACCAACUGUUGUAUGAGUAAACAAGUAGCCUAACCCCAAACCAAAUCCUGUAAUUCCUAUUAUUCUCUUUUUCAUCUGGGGACUCUCCUGUUCAUCUGAUCUAUACAUUGUGGUCUGUCUUGAAAUAAAUACAAGUUCAAAUCA